UUUUGCCGUAGCUCCAUUUAGUGCCACGCCAGCCAUCAAAGCGAUCGGUUCAGUUCGUUGAGAAAAGCAGAGACUCCAGAAGGUAUACAUCAGAACUAUGGACAGCAAACAGCCUCCGCCGUACAGUGAGCAGCCCGGAUUCACGCCAGCUCAGACCUAUCAGCCCGGUGGCCCCACACAGCCACCACUCUACCCACCGAUGCCACAGCCGCCGCAGACCUCCACGGUGAUCAUCCAGACCACGACGACCUCCAACCUGGUGCCCAUCGGCGGCGGACCCACUCGCAUCCGCUGCCCCUCCUGCCACGCCGAAGUCCUGACCACCGUGAAGAGCACUCCCUCCGGCAGGACGCACUGCUGGGCCCUCGUCCUGUGCCUGUUCAUCUGCUGGCCUUGCGUGUGUCUUCCGUAUUGCAUGGACUCCUGCCAGAAUGCCAACCACUACUGUCCCAACUGCAGUGCCUACAUCGGCACCUACGAGAACUAACGUCUAUUUAUGCAUACCUACUUAUAGAGAUCCCCGAACAUUACCUUCAUAUUCCAGCGAAAUUUAUCUGUAAAUAUACUUGUACGACAGUCACACAUUAAA